AUUUCCGUCACCUCUCAAUUUCAAUUCCAUCCAAUACCGCAACGCCGUCAAUUUACCUCGCCCAUUCAUAUACUUUAUAAUCUCCCAUCCAAUCAAUAACCUAUAGUCAAGAUGGUUCAGCUCCAAGAAGUCGAGGACGAGCACUACGCCCAGGAGAAGCCCCAGGCCACCAAGAACAACGUCCUUCUGGCCUCGGAUGACGAGGAUGACGACUACACUGAUACCGAGUCUGAGAUCUCCGAGGACUCCGAUGUCGAGCUCGAUGGCGAGACCUUCUACGAGCGUCUGUCCGCUCUGAAAGAUAUCAUCCCUCCCUCCGCCCGCCGCCAGGUCAACAGCACAGUUUCCUCCAUCACUUCAUUCACAAAGUCCAGUCUCAUGUUCAGCGGUAGGGCACUCUGGGUUAUCAGCACCAGUGCCUUCCUUGUCGGUAUCCCAUUCGCGCUCGCCUAUGCGGAGGAGGAGCAGUAUGUGCAGAUGGAGCGUGAGCAGGGCAUGAUCAAGGGUGCCAACGAGAUGCUCACCCCCGGAGCGAUCUCCGAGGAGCAGAAGCAGGCUCAACCUACUCUGUAAAUGGACAUCGCUAGCGAAGGCAAAGACUGCAACAGGUGUCAAUGAUCAACCAUUAACAGCCUUAACCUAUAGUCUAUGCUCGAACCGCCUGUUGCUUUAGAGCCUGCUGUACGCCAUCGGUCUGCCUGGGGCAGAUCAGUGUGGCAACAAUGACCCUGUCUGGUGUUCCCGAUAUACGCAAAUCGAACCACGCGUCAAAUGGAUUUGAAAACAGUAAAAUUAUUAAAAACUGCAAUGCAUGACCACACAAUCCGCAUGCGUUCUGAAAAGGGUAUACAAAGCAUCCGAUUGAACAAUCGCCUGCGAUUUCCAAAAUAUAAUUUAUGGGUGGGCCGGCGCGGCAAUAAAAAGAAUGGACUUAAUGGUUGGGGGAAUGGCUUUCAUCCAUCUGUCAUUUCGGAGUCUUCGAUCCUUCUAUGUACCUUUUUUCUUCUCCCCUCAUGCCUCUGUUUCUGGAAGUCCUGGAGCGGGCAAUGCAUGUAUUUGUAUAACUCAUACUGAUUCCUUUUCUUUUUCGUUUCGCUGAUGUCGUUUGUUAUUUAUUUUGGUCAACGUAUGCCUAGAUAAUGGAACGUGAAUGAAUCUAGAG